ACACACACACACGCACUUAGACAUACUGCAAACUCUCCACAGGAAACUCUGAGCCAUAAUGCGAAGGCACCUCAGAGCAGACGGGUGCAUUGCUCAAACCAAGUGGGAUAUGGCGCAGCUUUGAUAGUGCGUUAAUUACUCAUGUGAUGUGCUACAGAUGUCUGGGGGCUUCAGCUGAAAGUUUGCCUGACGCUUUCCAAGGGGGCCAGGCAGACAUUUUAGAAGCGUGGCACGAUUCUUUCAAUCAGUGAAAUCAAAGAGCUUUAGUGCUUUCAAUAAUGGGGACCCCAGCUAAGAACAUGUUCAUGUUAAUGGCUUGUUUAGCAGCCAGAGGAAUGUGCCAGAUAAAGGGAGCUGGAGCUGAAGACUCUGUCCCGGGCGUAGUGGUCCACUCCACCCUGCAGUCUCCAGGCUUCUACAGCACCACCCACCCAGGCAAAGGAGCUGAGGUUAAAGCAUCGGAAUCCAGCUUUUCCAAUGAAACUGUUGUAAAAAGGCCGAUGCCACCUCCGAGCUGCCUCACAGCUCUCUCCAUCAGCAACUAUUUUAAGUACAUCAACACCGUCAUUUCCAUUACAGUCUUCGUGGUCGGCCUGGUCGGAAAUGUCACCCUCCUGAGGAUUAUAUACCAGCACAAGUGCAUGAGGAAUGGGCCCAAUGCUCUCAUUGCCAGCCUGGCCCUGGGUGACCUCAUCUACAUUUUCAUUGAUAUCCCUAUCAACGUGUACAAGCUGCUGGCAUCCCGCUUUCCAUUUGAUGACAGUGUGUUCGGCCUGUGUCUUUGCAAGCUGUUUCCUUUCCUGCAGAAGGCUUCUGUUGGCAUCACUGUCCUCAACCUGUGCGCUCUCAGUGUGGACAGGUACAGGGCCGUGGCCUCAUGGAGCAGAGUGCAGGGAGUGGGCAUCCCUCUCCUCACCCUCAUUGAGAUCAUAAUCAUUUGGGUGCUGUCGUGCAUCCUGGCUGUACCCGAGGCUGUUAGUUUUGACAUGGUCACCUUCAACUACACCAACAUCACCCAUCGCACGUGCAUGCUCAACCCAAAGACCAGAUUCAUGAAGUUCUAUACAGAAAAUAAGGAUUGGUGGCUUUUCAGCUUCUACUUCUGUGUACCCCUGACGUGCACCGCCAUCUUCUACACUCUGAUGACCAGUGAGAUGCUGAACCACAGGAAGGGCAGUCUUCGCAUCGCCCUCAGUGAGCACCUCAAACAGAGGAGGGAGGUGGCCAAAGCUGUGUUCUGCCUCGUGCUGAUCUUUGCCCUCUGCUGGUUUCCGUUGCACCUGAGCAGGAUUCUAAAGAAGAUGCUUUACAACCAGAGGGACAAGAUGCGCUGCGAGCUACUGAAUUUCCUGUUGGUCCUGGACUACCUCGGCAUUAACCUGGCGACAAUCAACUCGUGCAUAAAUCCCAUUAUACUGUACUUUGUCAGCAAGAAGUUCAAAAAUUGCUUCAAGUCAUGUUUGUGCUGCUGGUGUUACUCCGACAACCAGCUGAACAGCACUGGACCCAUGAACGGAACCAGUAUCCAGUGUAAGAGCCCAGAGCCCAACAACCUCCACGCUGACCGCAGCGUCAGAAAAGACAGCAACUGAUCGCUCCCUGGAGGUUUUUUUUUUUUUUUUUUCGCACUCAUCUUAAAAUGUAUACAAAAAGUAUAUCCGACUUUGCUUGGGACACUGAAGCAACACGUGUCUGGAAGCAAAAAAGACCAAACCAUGGCGUGGAUUUCCUGAACCUCUCAGUGGGCCGAGCUUCCUGAGAGAAGCCCCUUCUGGUUCCCACACCCACGAACAGUGACUGUAGCCUGAGAGAAGAGAAGGGGGUAAGCAGGAUGAGGAGGAGGACUUGGUUUAAAAGAUGCAGAUGAACUCUAUAAAUGACCCUACCAGGAGCUGAGAACGCUUUUCCUGUUAGGGGCAGCACCGCCGGGAAGGAUGCUACAAGAAGGGAAAGGCUGACCGAAUGAUGAGAGAUGACCGCUCCUUCGAGAUGUUUACUCAUCAGUGAUGUAACCCCCACCCCUCACAAACACCAAAAAAAAAAACUAAUUGCCAUGUCAGAAGCUCUGUACUGUAUUUGACAUAAACUUAUUUUAUUUAGCAACAAUACAAUCUGUUUUUAUACUGUAGGAA